AUGUGGAAGGGAGUGUUGCAAUGGCUCGUUCUGUUGAUUAUGGCACACGCAGCGUAUGCAAUACACUUACACAAUAUGGGAGAUGGGAAGACAAUUCAAAUUGCCGACGGAAUAGCUGAUGGUGAUGACAUAUAUAGUCCAAUCGACGGUAGAGGGGGAGGAACAAAUGUAUUAUAUUGGUAUAGUCUUGGCGCUAUAGUUCCAGAUUUGUCACCAGACCCAUACCCUUUCAAGCUUAUACAGGAUCCAGCUCCUUCUAGAGAAAACGAAGCUCAACUUGUGGCAGUGGUUCCCCCAGGAUUUGACGCUAUUCACGAAUACAUUGUUGAUCUAGUGUUAGAAGAUACGACGAAUGAAGAUCCACCUUUUACUUGCACUUUGACACUUCAAGUAACACGUUAUUUAUACGUUGAUGCCCCAUACAAUGUCACACUUGGAGAACAUGCAACAGUGUCUCAAACAAUUGCCAAUAUAACAGCAACAGAUGCCGACGGACAAACGAAUAAUAUAAUUUUCACCAUUAUUGAUUCGAAUCCUAAAGAUGCCCCGUUUCUAAUUGGUCCAGUUACAGCUGAUCAGGAUACAUCAGUUGCAGAACUUCAGAACGUGAAUCUACACGGAUUUGACUACGAAACAGGGACAAAUGUUUACGAGUUAUUCAUCAGAGUUUCGGAUAUAUCAGGAAAUCCGGUGAGAACUGCUACAGUGACUGUCUACAUUUUAGACGAACUGGAACGUAUGAUAAUAACCAAUUUGCCAGACUCGAUCACUAUAUCCGAAUCUGUACUUGGGAGUGUGUUUAUAGUUGAGUGGGAUCCACCUAGCGAGUCGAUAUGGAUGUUAUCUACAUCGCCGGUCAAUGGCCCAUUUAGUAUCAAUGCAACAGGGUCGGUGAAUGUAGUCUCGCCGGGAUUGAACUACGAAGAGCAAAACUCUUAUGAUGUAACAAUAUUUCUUGGCGAUGAAGAAGGUUUUACAGACAAUAAGGUGUUACACGUCACGUUGUUGCCUAACCUAGGACCUGAAAUCACCAAUCUCAACGAUACUAUACAGAUUAGUGAAAUGAGUGCAGGAGGAACAGAUAUUUUUGUUGUACAAGCUGUGGAUAAUGAAGGAGAUGACUUUUACUGCGUCAUGUUUGCCAAUCCAAAUGAUGGUAAUUUUGGGUUUACCUCGUCCACUAAUUCUAUCUACGUCAUCAACUCGCCUAUUCUGGAUUUUGAAACUGUGGAUGAAUACACCUUGAGUGUAACGUGUCAUGAUUUAGGCGUCACUAACACUAAGCCUGGCACACCUAAAGUACUGACUGUUCAGGUCACUGACGAGAAUGAAGCACCGAUAAUUACUAACCUACCAGCAACAGUCAAAGUACCUGAAGACGCACUCAAUUCUGUAUCGAUAUUCCAAGCUGACGGUUAUGAUGUGGACGGCAAUUCUCUCAGUUUUUCUCUCACAAUAGUCUUACCUGUCUCCGGGCAAGGGAAGUUCGCUGUAGCCGACUCAAAUGGGAACGAUGGUACUGUUUCUAUAUCUAACAAUCCUGGUUUCGACUUUGAGGAUGUGCAGCAAUAUUCAUUGGUGUUGGAAGCAACUGACGGAGAAUUCACUGCAACUGGUACUCUGACUGUUGAUAUUAUGGAUGUAGCAGAACCACCAGUUUUUGCGAAUGAUAAUCAAGAUGUAUAUAUCGAUGAAGAACAGAUUGUUGGGACAUUAAUAUCUCUUGACUGGGCCGUUACUGACGUGGAUGAUGUAUUAACUGAUUUAACAUAUAAUAUAAUUGCUGGAACUUAUUCUCCAUACUUCAGCUUAACUGAUGGAACCAAUCCAGAAUUACGUAUUGCACAAGUCAUGGAUUAUGAAGCAUCCUUCCCAGUCCCAUUUCCCAUAAUGUUUACUGUCACAGACCCAGCUGGAAAGAAAGAUUAUCUAACAGUUAAUGUAUACCUUCAGAAUAUUUAUGACAAUGCACCAAUUUUCACCCAGGCAGUAUAUUCCGCAGAUUUGUUUGAUGGAGAAUCGCAAGGUAGUCCUGUACUGCAGGCUCUAGCAACAGAUGUUGAUCUUUUUGACAUCAUUACGUACUCCAUAGAGCCAGAUAAUACAUAUUUUGUUAUUGACUCACAAUUAGGAGAAGUAACUGUAAACGAACACAUUAACUCUUCAAUCAGUGGGAAUAUCAUCAACUUUACACUGGUUGCCACUGAUCUGGGAUCGAAUCGAGACACAGCUUUUGUUCAGGUUACCGUUGCAAGUGUCGACAAAAUUCAUGUGAUUAUUGAUAGCAACGAACGUCCAUAUUGGAAUUGGGAGGUGCCUUAUGAUUUGACCAACGAUACCUAUGUUAACAACGUCGUCACAAAUAACCAGAUCUUCGAAAAAAGUGGUUCGAUCAUCUAUAAGUUAUAUAUGCCAAACACACGAUUUAGAAUGACAACAGAUGGUCAAGUUUUCGUAGCAGGUAAACUUAUGGCAGAAGAAGAAUACAUAUUAAUGUACUAUGUAGAAGACGAUAGCGUACCUCCGAUCAAGGCAGGUGUUUCAAUGAUUCGUAUUGACACCUACAUACCACAGAUGGUUCUUGUGGACAUACAUCUGGGCAUUUCAGUUGCUGAUUUCACGUCCUCCAGACAGACUGCUUUUAUUUCAGCUUUGAAUAAACGUUAUAAACCAUGGAAAUACAGAAUAUCCUCCAUUCGCAGUGAUACGGCGGUGGCUACAAGAAAACUUCUUCAAAACACGGCAAUUGUAGAAGUCUAUGCGUUAAAAAAUGAUUUUACCAAUUCUCAGGACAAUGUUGACAAGACUAAGGAGUUUGUAUACUUUGUGGAUCUUGCAGAGGCAAUGCAAAUUGAUUCAGAUGGCACACCAGGGGUUCUUUUAACUGGAACAGAUUUUGACGACUUCCCUGUAGAAAGUGUGCAACCAACAUAUGAACUCAUUAAUACGCAUAAUAGCUAUAGCUGGUGGCUUAACACAGCUGAAGGAAAUGCUACAAUUGCCAUCUUGAUAUUAUUGGUGAUAAUUGUCAUUGUCUCCAUAUGCUGUUGCUGCUGGUUCGUCAUCCGCAAACAAGCCCGAAGUGAUAAACAAGAAAUCACUUCAAGAGCCGAUGUUAACAAGAGUGGUGAGAAUAAUCUAAAUAACUCAUCCAUUGUACAUAUGUUAGAAGAUAAGAAACUCAUUGAAAAAGAUGGGAUCAUUACUGAUCAGUCAGAAUUACAGAAAAACGUGGGUGACAGUAUAGAUGAAAAAGAUGCUGACAGUAAUGGUAUUAGGAAAGACCUAGUGGACGUGCCAGCCGUUGAGAAGGCAGGUGAUACGAAACUCAUUGAAAAGGAUAAGCUGUCGAGUGAUCAGUCAAAACUAAAAAACGGCGUUGGGGACAAUUUAGAUGAGAAGAAUGUCGACAAGAAUGGUAUUAAGAAGGACUCGAACGACGCGUCCGUUGCCAAGAAAGCAGGUGUUACAAAGCAAACUAAGAAGCUAAAGGACAAAGAUAAUCUAUCUAGCGAUCAGUCAAAAUUAAAAAACGGCGUUGGGGACAAUUUAGAUGUCAAGAAUGUCGACAAGAAUGGUAUUAAGAAGGACUCGAACGACGCGUCCGUUACCAAUAAAGCAGGUGAUACGAAGCAAAAUAAGAAGCUAAUAGACAAAAAUAAUGUAUCUAGUGAUCAGCCAAAAUUAAAGAGCGUCACAGGGGACAAUUUAGAUGGCAAGGAUACCGAUAAGAAUACCACUAGGAAGGACCCGAACAAGUCAUCCGUCGUUCAUAAAGCAGGGGAUACGAAUCUGAAUGAAAAGAAGAAGCUGUCUAGUGAUCAGUCUAAAUUAAAGCAAAGUUCAGGCGUAAAAGAUGACACUCGGGCGUCAGAAAGCACGUCGAAGAAAGAUUCCACUUCCCUGUCACAGAUGAAAAAUACCAAUCAGAAAACUGGGAAGGAUGUCACGGUAGAGCAAAACAAAUCAUUAGCGACGGAGAAGAACAACAUACUAGUGAAUACUCUAUCUGCACCUGAAAGUAAUGACAGGAAAGACAGUGUAAUAGGUCCUCUUCCGGAUAUGUCCAAGAAGAAUAAAACACAACCAAAGACAUUAACGAAAGGAUUGUCGACAAGAAGUCUUGUUUCAAACAAGAACUUGACUAGCAGAGGAAGUCCUACCAUUACAAAUCUAGAUGAUACUGUACAGAUUGGUGAAUUGAGUCCAGGAGGAUCGGUCGUUAAGGUUGUGGAAGCAACGGACGACGAUGGCGAUGCUUAUUAUUGUAUCAUGUCUGCAAGUCCGAACGACGGUAACUUUAUAAUAAACACAGGUUCAAACACUAUAUACGUUAGCGAUCCGCACACGUUAGACUUUGAAACCUUGACUGAGUACAAACUCACAGUGACGUGUCAUGACAAUAUCAAUGCUGGUACACCUCGAGUACUGACGGUUCAGAUCACUAACGAGAAUGAAGCACCGCAAAUACCCAGCUUACCAGCCACGGCCAGCGUACUUGAAGAUGCUGUCAAUUCGGUAUCUAUAUUUGAAGUUAGUGGUUAUGACGUGGAUGGAAAUGCACUGAGUUAUUCUCUGGUGGUUACACCCUCUAGUGGCCAGGGAAAAUUUUUUGUUAUCAAUUCAAAUACCUACGAUGCGACCGUUUCUAUAUCUAGCAAUCCUUCUUUUGACUUCGAGGAUGUUGACCAAUAUUCCUUAGUAUUAGAAGCCACUGAUGGGGCAUUAACUGCAACUGGUACCCUGAAUGUCGAUAUUGUGGAUAUAGCAGAACCACCCAUAUUUGUAAAUGAUAACCAAGAUAUUUAUUUGGAUGAGGAACAGAGUGUUUUGACACAAGUGCCUGUUGACUGGACUGUUACUGACGUGGAUGAUGUAUUAACUGACUUAACAUAUAAUAUGAUUGCUGGGACCUAUUCUCCAUACUUCAGUUUAACUGGUGGAACAAAUCCACAAUUACGUAUUGCGCAAGUCAUGGAUUAUGAAGCAUCCUUCCCAGUCCCAUUUCCCUUAAUGUUUUCUGUCACGGAUCCAAGAGGCGAGACAGAUUUCCUGGUAGUUAAUAUAUUCCUGCAGGAUGUCAAUGACAAUACACCAACAUUUUCUCAGGCAGUAUAUCCUGCAAGUGUGUAUGAUGGCGCGAGACACGGUGUAUCUGUUCUGCAUGUUCUAGCUGUGGACGAAGAUGAACUUGACAACAUUACUUACUCCAUAGAACCAGAGAAUGCAUACUUUGACAUUGAUUCGUUCUAUGGGGAAGUGACUUUGAAACAAACCAUUAACGCUACAAUCAUUGGGUGGACCACUCAGUUUACAGUGGUUGCUAUGGAUACAAACUCGCAGCAAGAUACGGCAACUGUUGUGAUUAAUUUUUUUAAUACAGAUCUUACAUCUGAAAUCAUCCCCUUUCCAUUCGCUGUUGGACAAACAUAUUAUAACUGGGAGGUUGCCUACAACGCCGAAGAUGGUACGAGUGUUAAUAAUGUGAUGAUAGAUAACGAUUACCAAGGUAACACUGAUUCGAUAAUAUUCAAGUUAUAUUUAUCACAUCCACAAUUCCAAAUGUCAACUAGUGGUCAUGUAUUUAUUACAAACAAACUGGAUUCAGAAAAAAAAUAUCUACUCACAUGCUAUGCCGAAGAUGAUAGUGUACCGCCUGCGGGAUCUGACGUUUCUAUGAUUCGUAUCGACACCUACAUACCACAACUGGUUGUUGUUGACCUCUAUUUGGGGAUUUCAGUUGACGAAUUCACUACAGUAAAGCAAACAGAGUUUAUUGAAACACUGGACGAUAUCUAUAAUCCGUGGAAGUUUAGAAUAUCAGCGAUUCAUGGUGAUAUACAGGUUUCUUCAAGAAAACUACUUCAGAGCACUGCCACUGUGGAAGUAUAUGCUUUAACAAACGAUCUUACUGACAGUCAAGACAAUGUCGACAUGAUUAAAGAAUUUGUGUACUUUGAGGAGCUCACAGCGGCAAUGAGAAAAGACACAGAUGGAACACCCAUGGCUAUCAUAACUGGAUCGGAGUUUGACAAUUUUCCUAUAGUUAAGGUGGAACCAGCGACUGAGCUAAUUACAACAUAUAACAUCGGCAACUGGUGGCUUGAAACUGUUGCGGGCAAUGUUACAAUUGCCUUUCUUUCGUUACUGGGACUUUUACUCUUUCUGCUAAUUGGAUUUUGUUGUUGGCGGUUCUUUAUAGCCAAAAAAUGUAGACGUGAUAAAAAAGAAGUCAUUGAGCAGAAAGACACAAAACAUUGUGUGAUUGAAAUGCCUGCUGUGGAAGACAAACCUCUGCCCCAAAUGCAUGACAGGGAAGCACAUAUAAUGACUAAGGACAAAAACAAGACUGACAUGUCCGAAGAAUCGUCUACAAAACCUGCAUUGUUUAGAGAGUCGAAUAUAGCCGUUCAUAAACAACCAGUUACCACAAUACAAUAUACCAAAUCUGUACCAAAGGAAAAUGAAAACACCUCACACACUACCAAGACUACAUUGUCAUUUGCAAUCCCCGAUACUAAAUCCAAAUCAUCCGUUGUUUCUCCUAAACAGCCGUCCAACCUUCCAAACUCAAACUCAACCACCAAAUCAACAUCUGUAUCCACGCCAUCCAAAAACUCUCCCUCCCAGAUGACUGACAAAACCACGUUGACAUUUAGAGUGGACGACCCUAAAUCACAGUCAGCCACCAAAGACACGGCCACACAGCCGUCUACUCUUCUAAACAGAUCGACUGAUACCACCACAUCAACAUCUGCAUCCACACCAUCCAAAAACUCUCCCACCCAGAUGACUGGCAAAACUACGUUGACAUUUAGAGUGGACGAUCCCAAACCCCAGUCAGCCAAAGACACGGCCGCACAACCACCUAUUCCAAUCAUAUUGACAAACGAUGAUACCGAUUCCAUUGGGUCAUUUCACUCUGAUGAUGACGAAACAAAAACUCCGACGAACAAAAGAAAGAAAAAGAGACACAGUAUACGCAGAUCAAGUGCCUCGAAAGAUCAGCUCAAGUUGCUUCAACUUGGGGAAGCGAAACCUAAAAAAAGACACAGUAUACGCAGAGCCAGCGUAGCUAAAGGACAAAUACAAUCACUUCAGGUUAAUGAUGGACAAGGGAAGCCUAAGAAGAGACAUAGCAUUCGUAAAGCCAGUGUAUUUAAAGAGCAGAUUCAAUUGCUCAAUGUUCCUAAUCCAGAUGAUCCUUCUGCAGAUAGCAAACAAGCCAAGCCCCAAAAAAGGCACAGCAUUCGUAAAGCCAGUGUAUUAAAAGAUCAGAUCAAGCUGCUCAAAGUUCCUGAAUCAGACAAUCCAUCUGCUAAUAGCAAACAAGGGAAGCCUAAGAAGAGACAUAGCAUUCGUAAAGCCAGUGUAUUUAAAGAGCAGAUUCAAUUGCUCAAUGUUCCUAAUCCAGAUGAUCCUUCUGCAGAUAGCAAACAAGGAAAGCCAAAGAAAAGGCACAGUAUACGCAGAGCCAGUGUAGCUAAAGGACAUGCGCAGUCAGCUCAAGCUAAAGGUUUAAAUUUUGGAGGCCUAAAUACACCAGUAGUGGUUACUGUGACUGAGACAAUUGCCGAUGAUGAGGUGGUAUACACAAACAUUGACGCCACUGGACAAGGAGGAGCUGCACAAUAUUUCUAUGUAUUAGAAAGUAUAACCCCUGACCCCGGAGCCAUGUCCCCAUUCUUGUUUGUACAGGGUCCCAUAGGGGCAUCAAAUACUGCAGAAAUUCGGGCAGUUGUUCCUCCAGGUUUCGAUUUUGAAACAGAGCCAGAGUACGUGUUAGAAGUAACAGUGGUCGAUCAGAAUGACAUUGCCGUUGCAGCCGUCACCGGCACCUUGACGGUGCAAGUAGCAAAUGCGGUCGAACCUCCCCGUUUUGUUAAUUUUGUGAAUGUGGGAAGCAUUGGAGAACUUGUCACGGAAUCUGAAACCUUUAUGAUGGUGACGGCUACUGAUGACGAUUCGCCGCUGACGGUUAUAACGUUUAACAUUAUUGGGACCGACCCGUUCGGUGCACCUUUUCAAAUUGGUCCAGUCGUGUACGAUGUCGCAACGUCCAAUGCCGUUGCUGAUAUUCAGAAUGCACCUUUCCCAGGCUUUGAUUUUGAGACUGGACCAACCUCAUACGAAUUAUAUAUUGAGGCUGCUGACAACAAUGGAGGGUCAACGACCUCUACACUGACGGUUGCCAUAGUAGACGAAAAUGAACCAAUCUCGAUAACCAAUUUGCCGAGCACGAUCUAUGUGCCAGAAUCCAUGUUGGGUAAUGUGUUCCUUGUGGAAUGGGCAGAUAUUGAUAUUGUGCCGGCUGGUACCCCUACGUUUAUGGUGUCAUCCACCCCUGCGAAUGGACCAUUUAGUAUAGACACAUUAGGAAAUGUUAAAGUGGUAAUCCCGGGAUUAAACUUUCUUGAACGCAACUAUUGGUCUGUUACUGUUUACGUUGAAGAUCCGGAUGGUCUCAGUGACAGUAAAGUCUUGUCAGUUUGGGUGACAGAUGUCAAUACAGGUCCCGAUAUUACUAAUCUAGACGACACUAUACAGAUUGGUGAAAAGAGUUCAGGAGGGUCGGCCAUAUUUGAUGUACAAGCUGUAGAUGACGAUGAAGAUGAUUAUUUCUGUGUAAUGUUUGCUAAUCCAAAUGAUGGAAAUUUCAAAAUGAACUCAACGACUAAUACAAUAUACGUCGCCGAUUCUCCUACUUUGGAUUUUGAAAACUUGGAUGAGUACGCCCUCACUGUGACGUGUCAUGACAAUAUCAAUGCUGGCACACCAAAAGUACUGACUGUUGAGAUCACUGACGAGAAUGAAGCACCGACAAUAAUCAACUUACCAGCCACCGUUACCGUACCUGAAGACGCCAUCAAUUCGGUACCUAUAUUUGAAGCUGAUGUAUUUGACGUGGACGGCAGCUCUCUUAGGUAUUUUCUUACAGUGACGCCCUCUAGCGGACAGGGAAAAUUCUUCGUAAUAAAUAGUACUGACAACGAUGCAAAGAUUAAGAUAUCUAACAAUCCUGCCUUUGACUUUGAGGAUGUGCAGCAAUAUUCUUUGGUGUUGGAAGCAACUGACGGAGAAUUCACUGCAACUGGUACUCUGAAUGUCGACAUUGUGGACACCGAAGAACCACCCAAAUUUGUAAAUGAUAACCAAGAUGUUCAUAUUGACGAAGAACAGGUCGUCGGAACAUUGGUGACGAUAGACUUCGAUGUCAUAGACGUGGAUGAUGUUUUAACUGACCUAGUUUUCAAUAUGAUUGGUGGAACCUAUUCUCCAUACUUCAGUUUAACUGGUGGAACCAAUCCAGAAUUACGUAUUGCCCAAGUCAUGGAUUUUGAAGCCUCUUUUCCAAUUCCAUUUUCCCUAAUGUUUACUGUUACAGAUCCAUCAGGAGAGAAGGAUUACCUGACAGUGAAUAUAUACCUUGAGAAUAUCAAUGACAAUGCACCCGUGUUCACCCAGCUAUUGUAUUCUGGUGAAGUGUUUGAAAUGGAUCCUUAUGGCACAUUUGUGUUGCAAGUGUCUGCAACAGACGCAGAUUCCACGGAUAUCGUCACAUAUUCAAUUUUUCCAGUGAACGCAUAUUUUGAAAUUGACACUGUUACAGGGGAAAUUAUAGUUUCCGCGCUAAUUAAUUUGGAGGUCGUUGGGGAAACUAUCGUUUUUGCCGUAGUUGCUAAAGAUACUGGAUCUCCAGAGCAGGAAGUCACCGCAACUGUGCAAAUUACUGUCCUCGAUAUCAACGACAAUGUUCCAAGCUUUGCAAAAGCCUAUUGGAACUGGGAAGUACGCUAUGACAUUGACGUUGGUUCAUAUGUUAAUAGUGUUACUGCUACUGAUCCCGAUUUAGGUGACAAUGGAUUGAUAACGUACAUGUUGUAUGUAUCACAUCCUCGAUAUGAAAUGGAAGUCGAUGGCCAAGUUAUUAUAACAAGUUCAUUAAAUGCAGAACAGAGGUAUAUACUUAUUUGCUAUGCGGAAGACAGUGGGACACCACCAGCAAAAUCAGAUGUUUCCAUGAUACGUAUUGAUACAUACAUACCACAACUGGUUCUCGUUGACGUCUAUUUGGGAAUUACGGUGGACGAUUUUACGACAGAAAGACAAGGAGAGUUUAUUGAUACAUUGAGUUUUAUUUAUAGUCCCUGGACAUUUAGGUUAUCUACGGUUCGUCAUGACCUAUAUGUGUCUACUAGAAAGCUACUUCAAAACACCGCGGUUGUAGAAAUAUAUGCGUUGGCCAACGAUCUUACCGACUAUCAGGACAACGUCGAUAUGCUGAAAGAGUUUGUAUACUUUGAGAACCUUGCAGCGGCAAUGAGAAUCGACUCGGAUGGCACACCGACGGAUAUAAUAACUGGGUCAGAAUUUGACAACUUUCCUAUUGUUAAAGUGGAGCCGACGUACCAAGAUAUUGACACAUUCAACUACAAUUGGUGGCUCGAUACCGUAGAGGGCAAUGUUACACUUGCGUUGCUCACAAUCGUGUUGUUCAUUAUAAUUAUUGGUCUUUUAGUUUUCUGUUGUUGGCGUUGGUGUUGGAAGAAAAUGUUAAAUCUCUGUAAACAAAGCCAAUGCAAUUGUAAAGGAAAACAUUGCUGUUGGGAUUCAACGAGAAAGAAAUCUUCCAUUAAAAUGGAGCGUCCAGAAGCCCCGGUAGCAUGGGAAAUCAGGAAACCACCAGAAAACAUUCCCAUGGACAGCAAACCAAACAGUAAUGCAGAUUUUGAUUUCCGCUCAACUUCGCAGACCCCGAAUACUUCCGACACGCAGUGGUUCUAA